AUGUUAGCCGUCAAUGGACAGUGUCAGAACCCGAAGGAGGCCAAUUCUCAGAAGGGUAGGUUUAAUGUUCAAUCUGCCGCAUCGGCACCUAUUAGCGGAACAUCGAUCGACGCCCAAUACCAUGGCAUCUUCGGAUACAUCAACUAUCUUGUCGAGAGGGACCGCAAGUACAUCCUUGAUACUCUGCUCAAUGGUCUCUCAAGACUCGAAUACCGUGGCUACGACUCUGCUGGGCUCGCAAUCGAUGGCGACAAGAAAAAUGAAGUCUGUGCUUUCAAAGAGGUUGGAAAGGUCGCAAAGCUGAAAGAGCUUAUUGAGGAGUCCAAGCCCGACCUCACCAAGACUUUUGAGUCGCAUGCUGGUAUUUCCCACACUCGUUGGGCAACCCACGGAACUCCAUCUCGUCAGAACUGCCACCCACACAGGUCCGAUUUGAACUGGGAAUUUGCUGUCGUCCACAAUGGUAUCAUCACCAACUACAAGGAGCUUAAAGCUUUACUGGAAAGCAAAGGGUUCCGCUUCGAAACAGAAACCGAUACUGAGUGUAUCGCCAAGCUCACGAAGUAUCUGUACGACCAACAGCCGGACAUCGAAUUCACUGUUUUGGCUAAGGCCGUUGUGAAGGAGCUUGAGGGUGCCUUUGGACUUCUCAUCAAAUCUGUGCACUACCCCCAUGAAGUGAUCGCUGCGCGCAAAGGGUCUCCUCUGGUCAUCGGUGUCCGGACUUCCAAGAAAAUGAAGGUCGACUUUGUUGACGUCGAAUUUUCAGAAGAUGGUGCUCUUCCAGCUGAGCAGGCUUCUCAGAAUGUUGCCAUCAAGAAGUCUGCUACUGGGCUGCUUGCUCCUCCUGACAAGUCACUUUUGCAUCGUUCCCAGUCUCGUGCAUUCCUCUCUGACGACGGUGUCCCCCAGCCGGCAGAAUUCUUCUUGUCCUCAGAUCCGUCCGCCAUCGUCGAGCAUACGAAGAAGGUUCUUUACCUAGAAGAUGAUGAUAUCGCUCAUGUACAUGAAGGCCAGCUCAACAUUCACCGAUUAACCAAAGAUGAUGGAACAUCCAAUGUCCGCGCUAUCCAGACAAUUGAGCUCGAGCUGCAGGAGAUCAUGAAAGGAAAGUUCGACCAUUUCAUGCAAAAGGAGAUUUUCGAACAACCGGAGUCUGUGGUCAACACCAUGAGAGGUCGACUGGAUGUUGCCAAUAAACAAGUCACGCUCGGUGGGCUCCGUCAAUAUAUUUCCACUAUUCGACGCUGCAGAAGAAUCAUAUUUGUCGCUUGUGGAACCAGCUACCAUUCAUGUAUGGCUGUGCGAGGAGUUUUCGAAGAGCUUACUGAGAUACCCAUCUCCGUUGAGCUCGCAUCCGAUUUCCUAGACAGACAGGCGCCAAUCUUCCGCGACGAUACGUGUGUGUUCGUCUCUCAAUCUGGGGAGACUGCAGAUUCGCUUAUGGCUCUCCGGUAUUGUCUGGAGAGAGGAGCGUUGACUGUCGGUAUCGUCAAUGUUGUGGGGUCUUCCAUCUCUCUUUUGACACAUUGCGGUGUUCAUAUCAAUGCUGGCCCCGAGAUUGGUGUUGCUUCAACCAAGGCUUACACUUCGCAAUUUGUGGCUAUGGUCAUGUUCGCUCUUUCCUUGAGUGAAGACCGUGCCUCCAAGCAAAAGAGACGUGAGGAGAUCAUGGAUGGACUUUCCAAAAUCUCGGACCAGUUUAGAGAGAUUCUCAAGCUUAAUGAGCCCAUCAAGCAAAUGUGUGCGAAGUUCUUUAAGGACCAGAAAAGCCUGCUUCUGCUUGGCAGAGGUGGUCAAUUUCCCACGGCUCUUGAAGGUGCGCUGAAAAUUAAGGAGAUCUCUUACCUUCACUGCGAGGCUGUCAUGUCGGGUGAACUGAAGCAUGGUGUCCUUGCUCUUGUUGACGAGAACUUGCCAAUCAUUAUGAUCCUCACCAGAGACAAUAUCUUUACGAAGUCGUUGAAUGCUUAUCAGCAAGUUAUUGCCCGCGGAGGUCGCCCCAUUGUCAUCUGCAAUCAUGAUGACCCCGAAUUCUCAUCAGCUCAGACAGAGAAGAUCGAAGUUCCCAAGACAGUUGACUGUCUUCAAGGGCUUAUCAAUGUUAUCCCGCUCCAGCUGAUUGCUUAUUGGCUCGCGGUUGCUGAGGGUUUGAACGUCGAUUUCCCCCGGAACCUCGCGAAGUCAGUGACUGUUGAGUAG